UAUCUUUUGAAAUUUAAAACGGCGUCGUACGUUCUCGACUGAUUGGCCUUGACAACGAGUAAGCGGGUUGUCGACCUAUUAUUCACUGUAAACGAAAUACGAAGUCACUGCACAUAUUUUCUGUUCUUGAUGUAUGCUCUUGAUAAAAUGGCCGAUGAAGAAAUCAAUCUAAAGGACGCUCUCAUCCGGUCUCUGAAUGAAGAGGGUAUUUUACCUAAGCUUGAAGCCCAGUUAAAAGCAGCUGUGUACUUGGCUCUGGAAAAGCACAAUUAUGCUGAAGGAAUACCGCUUUCCAAUCAAUCGAUUCGGUCCUUAUGGUCUACAGAAGAUGCAAGGCUUGAUCAUUGCGUCCCUAUUGGUCGAUUUUAUGAAUAUGAUGAAACUCGAAAGUACAUUGAAUGUUCUGAUGGACGAAGCUCAGAUGAAACAUUUAGAAUUUCUCGACCGAGAUAAAUUGACAGCUCUUCUCCCUACCGAACGCACAUCAAGCAACUCUCCUGUGCUGCUGCACUUGAUUGAAUCACUGAAACAUAUCCGGGGUCGGAAAGUAGAUAACACAGAUUCAUCUACUUCAUCAAGCAAUUCACAUAAUAAUUUUGGCUCUCAGAUAUCAGAUGAAACACUCAGGACUCGAAGUUGUGACGGUAAUAGCCCGCUAAAAGUUAGAGAAACUGUGACCACUCCACAGGAAACUCCUUUUCAAGAACCGCUCACUAAUCACAGUAACAAAAUGCAAAUGCUUACAUCUGUGAUUGGAUCUGCAGAUUCUCCUCGACCUUUAACACCAAAUUCUCAAGCCUCAAGUAAUGUUGAGAAGGUCGAUACUCCUGGAAGAGCGAACUCAGGAGGUAGUUCACCAUCCAUAGUCAGAGUGUAUGCGCCAGUAAAAAAGCAGUCGUCUUUAAAUGACGACAAAUCAGAUGUUGAUGAUGAUGAUGAUGAUGAUAUUGAAGAAGUCUCAAGAGCUGAGGAGUCGUUGGCAGAUGAUACAGUCGACCAGACUGUUGAUUCAGAACAGAGUCUAGGUCUGGAUUAUGUAGAAGAAGUACAAUCACUGCACAACUCUGUCACAACAUUAACGCGUUUUGUGUAGUUGCCAUGAGUUAUAUUCUAUAGUUAUAUGAAAUUUUCUUAGGUUUCAGAUUGUUUUUCCGUGAUUUCGGCAUAUAACAAUGAUUCAGUGUUUCUUUCGUAGCGUAUUGUACU